AUGAAUGGAAAGCAGAUUCAGUGUGCGAUUGACUGUGACUCAGAUUUACGUUCACGCAUUUCCCCCACACCUAUUUCUGCUCCUGUCACUCCCACGGUUCCUCUCGCACAGUCCCCCACACCUAUUUCUGCUCCUGUCACUCCCACGGAUCCUCCCUCACCCCCAGUUAUUCUCUCACCAAGCACCAUGGCUGUUUUGGACCCUGACACUCCCUCAGUUCAUCUCUCACCAGAACCACAACUCACCACCACUCCAAGUACAACCACUUUUAUUCCCUUUCCUGAUUCACCAUCUGACCCCCUCUUAAUUACACCACCUGUGCCUUAUUUUAUGCCCCUGUCUCCUCUGUUUCUUUCUAAUGAUGACAGUGAUGAGGAAAUAGAAUUGUUUUCAUUGAUGAGGAAAUAG